AGCUGAGCCGCAGUCUGGAUUUCUCUAUGUACUUGAGCGGAUGCAAACUCAUCAAUCAACAAAUUGAAAUUUUUGACCUGUUUCUCGACUUCUCAAUGAGGUCCGACAUCAUCAUAGAAAUAUAAUAGAUGAAGUUUAUUGUUUAUUUUAAAUUAAUUAUAAAUUAAUUUAGCAAACUUAUGGCUAACCAACAGCAUGGCGCUACCCCUGAAUAUGGCUUUAACGAUCAUCCCUUGGGCCACGCCGACCAGUACACACAAUACACAGAAUACAGUCACAGCUAUACUACAGAUGCUUAUAAUAACUACUACUACAUAACAGCAAAUCCCGAUAUACCAAACACAUCUCAAGCACCCGAGAUGAAUUCUAAAGGAGAAUAUAACUAUAACCACCUGCAGCCGUCGAAAGAUGCAGUUGGAAAUGGAGUACAAGUUCAAACUCGAUUACUAGACAGCGCUGGACUACAAAAUACCGCCGAAAUAAGAUUGCAAGAUCCUUUACUAGCGAUAGCUUUCUUCGUCGGAGGCAUCCUAGCCGCAGUAGGCCAUCACCUCUAUUACAAGAGGCUGAAUGACACGCCUGUGACAUCUGAGGAUCUGCAGGUAUGGUCGAUUAGAAUCGGGACGGGGCUCGCCCUCCUCACCAGAUGCGGGCUAGUCGCAGCGAUAGGGAUUGCUGCUGUCCAACAGACCUGGUUAUCAUUGAGGAAAAGAGCCAUGUCGAUUGGUGGUAUUGAUAGCAUGUUCGAUAUUAUGGGAAACCCAUUGUCGUUCUUGAACAGAGACUUUUUGACACAUGCGAAACGACUCGCCGUUCUUGCUGCUGUCGCAUGGUUGCUUCCCAUCAUCACAAUUGUAACGCCGGCAACUCUGUCUGUCGAGUCGCGUAUGACUCACGAUAGCGUCGCAACCAAGGUUCCGUAUUACAACUUCUCGAAUACCGAUGGUUGGGGAACAUACGGGGGCUUUGGAUAUAUUUCCGGGGUAGCGCCUGAAAUUGCACGCUUGUUUACGAGGACUUAUAUAUCGAAUAGUCCCAUACCUCAGACGCCCCCUUUUGCCAAUGCAUCCUACGACUUCAAUUUCUGGGCCCCAUCUUAUAAAUGCUCGAACGCCAGCGAGAUUAUUAGGACGAGGAACAAUCGUACUUGGGACCUGGCUUCUUAUAAUUAUACGAAUUUUGAAGAGGCCUUUAAUGCGGAAAUCGUCAAACCGGUAUCCACGGGUAAUUUUUCUAGCGGCGCGCCACCGUUAGUCUAUAAAAGUACUGCUCCUACUAGUAUGAAUAAUAUGAUCCUCGUCGGCGCCAACGGUCGCAACGAGCAGUGGGGUAAUACCGAUCACAACUAUCUGGUUUGCCAACUUUACAACACCACUUAUAGCGUAACCAUGCGCUUCGACAAUGGAGUUCAGUCUAUACAGGAGAACUCUAUCGCGCAUGUAGAUUCCCAAGAGUGGGAUAAUGAGCGUGGGCGUUUAUCUAUGGUAUUAGCUAACGGCCUCUGUGCUCCUGAUCCUGCUGCAAAUAACGCUACGAUUUGUCCGACUUAUUACAUGGUGCAAUACAUCUUCACACGCUUCCUAACUGGCCAGGUACGGAUUAAUGUGGAAGGGGAAUUAAUGUUUCAGUCGGAUGGCUAUGAGGGCAAUAUCGUUGAGGCUGGAGAAGCUCCUUUUUUCCAGUCGGGCUUGACGGACUGCCCCGAAAUCUGGAAUUCUACAGGCUACCAGAGUGCUUCCGGCGGUUCCCUCGCAUUUCAAUCGCUCAAUAGAUGCCAAGGAGGAACACUCGCAACAGCGAUCGAAAGCCUCUCUAGAAACUUUACGUACAGCCUCCUGACUUACAGCAACUGGCGAAAUUUUACGACCGAGGUACCGAUAACCGUAUCAAUGCCGAGGAACUUCUUCUAUUAUAAUAGCAUCACUCUCCUGGCUACAUAUUCGUCCGCCGUUGUGGUCACGCUGCUCUGUAUAUGCGUGGGGUUCGCCGCAUUGUUAAGCAACGGUUAUACUAGUAGCACGGCCUUCUCCGCGGUGCUUCUGACGACUAGAAACCCUGAUCUCGAUAGGUUAUCCACAGAUAAUACUCUUGGAGCAAAGCCUCUACCGCAUCCUAUUCGCGAUACCAAGCUUCGUUUCGGUAUCUUGAGAACCGAAGGAUCGGAAUCACAGGCUGGUUUUGGCCUGGAUGGUACAGUAACACCGCUAGAGAAUAUGGCAUCAAGGAGCUGAGGGAACUGUCGAUUAGAUGAGAGAUAUAUUAGGAACAAUAUUUAACUUCCUAAAAGUAGUAAUGAGAAACGAAGGCUGAAUAAGCUCCCUUGAUUAAAGUCCC